AUGAGCUCUCUUGAAGUUCAGUCUUUGUUCAAUGUCAAGGGUAAGGUCGUACUGGUCACCGGAGGAAGCAGGGGCAUUGGAAAGAUGAUAGCUACGGGCUUCGUGAUGAAUGGCGCUCGGGUCUACAUCUCUUCGCGAUCCUCGAAAGACUGCGAUGCUACGGCCGCUGAACUGAACGCGCUUGGCCACGGAUCAUGUAUACCUUUGCCUGCGGACAUACAAAAGGUCUCCGAAGUCGAGAGACUGGUCGCGGAACUCUCGAAGAGAGAGAAGGUUCUGCAUGUGCUUGUCAAUAACGCAGGCGCUGCUUGGGGAGACGGUAUCGACCAAUAUCCUGACGCUGCGUUCACGAAACUGUUGACGUUGAACCUUCAGCGCGUGUUCACGCUCUCGCAGAAAUGUCUUCCUCUACUCCGAGCUGCUGCUGAACAAGGUGGAAAGCAGGAGCUGCACUACGAAGAUCCAGGACGGAUUAUAAACAUUGGUUCUGUAGAAGGUCUCGGUGUGCCGAACCAUGAGACGUAUGCGUAUUCAGCAUCGAAGGCUGGUUUGCACCAUCUCAGUCGUCAUUUAGCUGGCCGGUUAGGACAUCAAGGGAUUACGAGCAAUACUAUUGCUUGUGGUCCAUUCGAGAGCAAGAUGAUGGCCCACACUCUGGCAACGGCGAAGGAUAUCAUCGUCGACCAAAUACCACUUUCGCGCAUCGGCUCACCAGAAGAUGUAGCGGGCACUGCACUCUUCUUGUCGUCAAGAGCAGGGGCUUAUGUGAACGGAGCCACAAUCACCGUCGACGGAGGCUCGUUGGUAUACAUGUCGACUGCGAAGCUCUGA